GAGAGUGGAUGACUCACUCGGUCCGCUCCGCUGCGAUGUUUCACCCCGCAACAGCUCGGCCAGCAGUGCGGUGGCACGCCGGCGGAGCAGCGUCACUGACAGGUUGCUGUGCUCCACCAAGUCUAACUCCCCCUUACAACAUCUUUAACAUCUGACCCUUAACAUACAACACUUCUGCUCGGACACUUUGAGUGGCCUCCAAGUUGCGAGAACGUGCGUCGUGAUUUGCCGUAAAUGUUCGUGACGCGCGAUUGCCAUGGAAACGGUGCUGCGGUGCUGAGGAGGGGAUAACUAACUGUGCGUGGUGGCAGCGUUUUAACCUCUUUUAAAAGAGGUCCGAUAAACCAGUUGGAUAUAUCCUAAAGUCUUUUGUUUUGUUUUGCCUUUCUGUGGCUGUACAUUCGAUCUUAAUUUAUCAGGUUAAAAAAAGAGAGGCAAGUAUGACAGAGCCUCCAACCGAGAAGCGAUUCCACCAUUUGACAAUGGAGCAACUCCAAGCUCUGGAUAAAGUCCUAACUGAGGUCAUUCCCAUCCACGGGCGAGGGAAUUUCCCCACACUGCAGGUGAGUGCCAAAGACAUCAUCCGCUUGGUCAAGGAUCGACUUGUAGAAAGAAACAUCCGGGUUAAGGAUAUACGUCUGAAUGGAGCCGCGGCCAGCCACAUCCUGGUGAGGGACAAUGGCCUGGACGUCAGGGACUUAGACAUUAUUUUUGGAGUGGAGUUACCUAGGCAGGAGGACUUCCAGGUGAUCAAGGAGGUGGUGCUGGGCAGCCUGAGAGACCUCCUCCCAUGUGGAGUUAACAGACACAAGAUCACCUGCCUCACCAUGAAAGAAGCUUACGUACCAAAGAUGGUGAAAGUCUUCAACGAGCACGACAGAUGGAGUCUCAUCUCUCUGUCCAACAACAGAGCCAAAACGGUGGGCCUGAGAUUCGUCAGCGCCCUCCGUCGGCAGUUUGAAUUUAGCGUUGACUCCUUCCAGAUCAUCCUGGACCGCAUCUUGGAGUCCUACUGGGAGAGUGACAGGAGACACGCAAGCAAGGUGUUCUCAGAUGAUCAGAAACUGAUCUCAAAAGGCAGCGAGAGGGGAAACGAAGAGGGAGCGCAAUCAGGCGUCACGCAGGUUAACUCCGACAUGGCUUCCAGUGGACAGACUGGGCGUCGGAGUGAAGCUGUUGAGGAGAAAGAUCUUGCAGGGGCUGAAAAAUGUGAGGAACAAGAGUUAGCAUCUGAGGAUGUUCAUUUCAAGCAGGAAGAGCAGGAAAUAGACACACGCUCACAAGAGAACAUUGUUCUUGAGCAAAGUGAUGACAAGGAAGACUUUUCAAAGGGAUCUCCUGUGGUCUCAUCCCCAACGUGUGCAUGUUUAAAGCUGCAGGUCCAAGAUGAGGCUUCUCAUUCUCGUAUCUCCAUCACAGCAUUGGUCAGUAAAUCAUCCAUGCAGGAUUGUGUCCAAGUGGAAUCCGCCAGCCCCAACCUCCAAGAGUCCCAUCACGAGUUCUCUUCACCUCCCCCGGCCAAGAAAACCUGCAGCAUGUCCCCAGAGGUUGUACCAGACUACUGCCCAUCGCCCAAACUGCAAAGAAAAAUGUCCCGCAAGAUGAUCUGCAGUCCUGAAAAAUGGUCUCUGCUGACAGACGUGUCAGAUAUGACCACUCAGCUGUUCGCACCCAUCGAGAUACCCCCUCAGAUGAAGUCUCCUUCGGAAGACGGGGCUCAUGGAACAGCUUCAUCCCAGAGGAGCGCAACUGAUGUUUCAGGACUCCAGGUUGGACCUGAGACCAAUCAGGCUCCUGAUAUAACCGUGAGGCCCAAACAUUCCAGGAAGCCUCCAGAUUACGACACUGGAGGCCACACACAUGAGGUGAAUGUAGGACUGACUCAGGAUGAGACUCCCCCACUCAGCUGUGGAUUGGGCUCGUGGGGGUCCUCGGUGACUGUGGAGGCAGAGUGCAUGUACGGUGACUUCAACCAGGCCAUGGAGCACCUACGGCAUCGCCUCAUUGCCACACACCACCCCGAGGAGAUCCGAGGAGGGGGGCUGCUGAAAUACAGCCACCUCCUAGUGAGGAACUUCCGUCCAGCCAGCGAGACGGAGAUCAAGUCUUUGGAAAAGUACAUGUGCUCGCGCUUCUUCAUCGACUUUUCCGAUGUGAAGGAGCAGCAGCGCAAGAUCGAAGCCUACCUGCACUGCCACUUCACGGGCAGCGAGGAGAGCGCCAAGUACGACUAUCUGAUGACUCUGUGGCGCGUCAUCGACGAAAGCACCGUGUGCCUGAUGGGCUACGAGAGGAGGCAGACGCUUAACAUGAUCACAGUCCUGGCUCUGAGGGUACUGGGGGAGCAGAACGCCAUACCCAACGCCGCCAACGUCACCUGCUUUUACCAACCGGCCCCUUACAUGAGCGAGCCCAUUUACAGCAGCUACUUCAUCGCGCAAGCCCAACCCUCGCUCGUCUACCAUCCCUACCCGCUCCACGUCCACAUGCAAAGCGGCCUGGUGUAGCCACGGCGUUGUGCCCUUUGGGAGGCGGGAAGGCAGAUUUCAGCACGUGCCAGCACAGGCACUCGUGCAAGUUUUGAAACCGUGAGGCACCCCCCCCCCCGACCCCCUGGGCACAGCGUCCUUUAAUGCGUUCCACCCAGGUCAGGAUUGAGCGGGAUCCAAAGGCAAAGCAUGCGAGCCUUUCACUUUGUCGACUUUUGGAAGGGAAAGAAUUGCAAAGUGGAUUCUGGACACACUCAGACCGCUGAGGAGGUUAGUGUGCAGUGGAACAUUCUUAUGAUCAUCUCAUACAAACUAAUUCCGAUGAAGUCAGGACAUUACGUAAACCCCAUAACACAAUUAUUCACAAAUCCUUUUUCAAACUAUAUUCAAUUGAAUACGCUACAGUAAUAUAAAUCACACGUGUACUUUUCAUCGUUGAUUUACCAAAACAGCUUGAAAUGUGGACUCGUCUGUAUUGGCGCAAAGCAUCAUGGGAUGUAUUUGAUUUUGGAGCGGCCAUCAUAUACAUUUCAAGAUAUAUCAGGCGUAAUCUCACACAUUCAAACAGCACGACAAAAUUGUGAUUCCACUAAAAUGGGCAUAGGAGGCAAUUCCGAACACAGCCCAUAGCUGUUUAGUGAAAUGUCAUGUGGUUUGACUCUAAGCAUGUGACGUAAUUCGCUGAGCGUGUAGAAUUGUACCAAUUGUUCUGUGUGAAAAUUAGGGGAAUGUACUGAACGUUUGCAAACCUGAUAGUUGUUCUAUAAAUAAGUGUAAGUCUAACUGUUUUAUAUAACGUGUCAGUAAUUGACUGAUAAAUGAGAAGCUUUCAAUGAUUGUUACUGCCCUGGUUUUGGCAUGACGUUGCAUCCUCGUCAUGGCACUGUGACUUUAAUUUUUAUUUUCAAAGGUAAUUGUUGUUUAAUUGUAAUGAAAUGAGUUUGACGUGUAUUACAUGGCAAUGCUUCAUUCAGGAGGUCAAAACAACGUGAUUAGGUUUUAGUGUGUGUGACAAACUAAGCAAUUUGUUUGUAGUGGAUUUAGAAUGCAUCGCUUGUUGGGAUUGUGCAAACUUGUUGAAGUGGGCUAUGAUAUUGUGUUUAGAUGUGCACAGAUAUUUGUGUACACUUACUGGCCAUAACAUUAGGUAGACGUGAAGGUAUUCAUUGAGCACUAUGUUUAUUACAGUGCAUAAUUAUGCUAUAUUAUAUUGACACAAAAAAAAAAUUGGGACUGGUUGCUGCUGGAUAGAUUCUAGUCCACUCCCCAAAACUCAAAUGCAUGAAUUGGAUGUCACAUAAAUAAGUGUAAGAGAAGUACUAAUAUCUUUCUUUCAUUUUAUUUGCAUUAUAUAAUCAUGUAUGUUGUAUCUAAUGUUGUGGCUGGUGUGUUGAUGACUAUACAGUAUAUGUUUGAAAACUUGAUAAUUCAAGCACAGGUUGUUCACAUGUUAUCUGAGGCUGAAGCACAACUUCAAUGCACAGAGUAGGUAUAAAAAGUCUACACACCCCUGUCCAAAUGAUAGGUGAUUGUGAUAUGAAAUGAGACCACGAUCAACCACAAUAUGCUACCAUUUCAAUUGAAUAACCACAUAUAAAAAUUUGUAGGUAGACUCUUCCUGACAUUUGAAGCG